AUGUUCAUUACCCCGAAUAUGACCAACGAUGGGCACGACACUUCCGUCACAGUCGCUGGCAAAUGGAUGCGAUCGUUCAUCGUCCCUCUGCUAAGUAACCCUCAUUUCAUGAAGCGCACUCUCGUUCUUAUCACCUUUGAUGAGACAGCAAAUUACCUCAGCAAUAACAAGGUCUUUUCGCUGUUACUGGGCGAUGCGGUACCGACAACAGCACAUGGUACGACUAACAGUACAUCGUUCAAUCACUACUCGCAGAUGGCAACUGUGGAGCAGAAUUGGGAUCUUGGGAAUCUCGGACUAGGGGAUAAGAACGUCAAUUCAUUUUACUGA